GGAAAAAACAGUCACGUAUUGUCUUAUAUUAUGUCUUGUUGGUGAUCAAGCCAGUACUUGCUGGCCGAUGCUAUCGGCUGUAAGUUAACCGUGUAGCACAGUCUUCUCUCGGAUGCAGAAAGGCAGCUGGGACUGCUGCUCACCUAACGUUAGACUUAUCAGUGAAAUGACAACCCUUAUAAUAACGUUGUCUGAGUCUUGACGCUAGCUCGCAAACCAGUCGAGUUGAUGUGCUGAAGAAGACCCUCUGAUGUGAUUUCAACUUGGCGCUUGUGACCAGAGGAGGACGCACUGCCCAUGCUGCCACAGUAGAUAGGCUGUCACUAUGCUGCUGAGAGAAGAAUGACAUUUGUCUCAUUUUAAUUCCUGGAGCUCCUUCGGGCAGAGUUGAGGCUUGAUUAAAAAGCUGCUGUUCUGAGCCAAGUUGGUCUUUUUUCUCAGCCCGUUUCUUUGCACUGCCGCAACCUAGUGUGCAAACUGUUAUGUGACUGCAGGCCAACUGAGCAAAAGGGACUCCGGCCGUACUGGAGGAUUAGACGGUGCUGUGGGAGUAGGGACUGGACCAGGAGAACAGGCCCACAGCAACACAUCAUGCCGCAGGGACACUAGGCUCCCUGUUUGAGCCCCUUCUGUCUGGCGCUAUUUUUUUCUUUUCCUGCAGUCUCAUCGGUUUGGAUGGUUGAGCACAAGGGCUACUUUGAAGGAGCCCACCGGUGGCUGUGGUUUGGCCCAAGUUGACAGACUAGCUUGCCAGCUAUUGCUUAUUAGGAACCCUUUUCCACUGCUACCACUGCUGUAGCCACCUUUGCUGUGAUCUUCAGUAUGGUGAGUGGAGGCAUCUCAGGAAUGGAACUGAAGCAUUAAUACUGGUGUUGCUGGUUACUUUCCAUCAAUCCCCCCCCCCUCUGCACAGUGACAUAUUGAAUUCUGGGUUUUUUAAGGGCUGUUUUCUCCGUGCUGGAAAAAACAUCACCGUCAAGGUCAUUUUUAAAAUUUAAACACCGGAAAGAAGACCACACAAGAGGAGGAUGAAGCUGAGGAAGCAGGUGACGGUGUGUGGAGGGGCCAUAUUCUGUGUGGCUGUAUUCUCACUGUAUCUGAUGUUGGAUCGAGUCCAGCAUGACCCUGCAAGACGACAGAGUGGCGGGAACUUUCCACGGAGCCAAAUCUCAGUUCUGCAGAACCGGAUAGAGCAGCUGGAGCAACUCCUGGAGGAAAACCACCAAAUCAUCAGCCACAUAAAGGACUCUGUGAUGGAGCUCACAGACACAGGAGCCGUGUCUCCCAGUGGCCACCUGCCAUUCAGAAGUGCCAAUGGUUCCUGGGUCUUACCCUUUGAUGGCCGCCCUACUUUCCUUGCUGUCAAGCCCCAGGAUUGCCAAUUUGCUGUAGGCAGCCGAGGUCAAGCAGAUGUUCAGAUGCUGGAUGUGUACUCCCUCCUCAAGUUCGACAACCCUGAUGGUGGCGUAUGGAAACAGGGCUUUGACAUUACUUAUGAACCCGAAGAGUGGGACAAUGAACCGCUGCAAGUGUUUGUGGUCCCACACUCCCACAAUGAUCCAGGGUGGAUCAAGACUUUUGACAAGUACUUCACAGACCAGACGCAACACAUUUUAAACAACAUGGUGGUGAAGUUGGCCGAAGAUCCUCGCAGGAAGUUCAUCUGGUCUGAGAUUUCAUUCUUCUCCAAGUGGUGGGAGACUGCAGACAUACACAAGCAGGAGGCUAUGCGCAAAUUGAUCCUUGGAGGGCAGCUAGAGAUUGUGACAGGAGGCUGGGUGAUGACCGACGAAGCCAACGCUCAUUACUUUGCCAUGAUAGACCAGCUCAUAGAAGGACACCAAUGGCUGGAGAGAAACCUGGGUGUAACUCCUCGCAGUGGGUGGGCGGUAGACCCUUUUGGACACAGUGCUACAAUGCCCUAUCUGCUGAAGAAGGCCAACCUGACCAGCAUGCUCAUCCAGAGAAUCCACUACUCCAUCAAAAAACACUUUGCCUCCAUUCGCAGCCUGGAGUUUAUGUGGAGGCAGGCCUGGGACACUGGGUCGAGCACAGACAUCUUUUGCCACAUGAUGCCAUUCUACAGCUACGACGUGCCUCACACCUGUGGGCCCGACCCGAAGAUCUGCUGCCAGUUUGAUUUCAAAAGGUUACCUGGUGGUCGGAUAAACUGCCCAUGGAAAGUGCCACCAAAAACAGUGGUGGAGGCCAACGUAGCAGAGAGGGCAAACCUGCUCCUGGAUCAGUACCGUAAAAAGUCCAAACUCUACCGCAGCAAGGUACUUCUUGUCCCUCUGGGAGAUGACUUUCGCUACGACAAGGCCCUGGAAUGGGAUCAGCAGUACAUCAACUACCAGAAGCUGUUUGACUACAUGAAUUCUCACCCAGAGAUGCACGUACAAGCUCAGUUUGGGACUCUCACAGACUACUUCAACGCCGUAUACAAAGCACACGGAGUGGCUCAGGGAUCCAGACCUGCAGACUACCCCGUGCUCAGUGGAGACUUCUUUGCCUAUGCAGACCGUGAAGACCACUACUGGACUGGCUAUUUCACCUCUCGCCCCUUUUACAAGAGCCUGGACCGUGUGAUAGAGUCACACCUCAGGGGGGCAGAGAUCCUCUACAGCCUGGCGGUUGCGAACGCCAGGCACGCGGGUAUGGAAGGGCGCUACCCUGUCUCAGAUUAUGCCCUGCUAGUUGAUGCGAGGCGGUCUGUCGGCCUGUUCCAACAUCAUGAUGCCAUCACUGGCACUGCGAAGGAGAAUGUUGUCAUUGACUACGGCACUAAAUUACUGCGCUCACUCAUCGGUCUGAAGAGAGUAAUCAUCAAUGCUGCUCAUUUCCUGGUCAUGAAGAACAAGGAGUUUUAUCGCUUUUACCAAACGGAGCCCUUCCUGGAGACGGAUGACAGGCGCGCCACUCAAGACUCUCUGCCUCAGCGCACUUUAAUCGAGCUGGACCCAGCAGGGCCGAGGUACCUGGUUCUGUUCAACUCUAUCGAGCAGGAGCGGCUGUGUGUGGUGACUGUGUUGGUCAACACAGUCAGGAUGCGGGUGCUUACUGAGGACGGACAGACCCUGCCUGUGCAGCUGAGUGCGCAGUGGAGCUCUGCUAGUCAAAUGAGCGCGGAGGUAUUUGAGGCAACAUUCAUGGUUCGUCUGCCGCCCCUGGGUCUGGCCGUGUUCCAUCUGUAUGACUCUGCUGACUCGCCGAUGACGCUCCGCUCCGACACCCUGCUCAGGCUGUCUGGUCGGGGCGCCAGUGCUCGAGCGGCGGAUCCGCUUCCCGUCCGCUCUCAGCAGUCCGACCCUCAGACCUUCUACAUCAGCAGCCAGUCUCUCACGCUGGGUUUCUCUGGAACCAGCGGCCUGCUGGAGAGUAUCAAGCGCAAGGAUGAUCCUCAGGAAGUGAAGGUUCAAAUGCAGUUCAUGGUCUACAGCACUCGUCCCUCCAAAGACAAAAGUGGAGCUUAUCUCUUCCUACCUGAUGGAAAAGCAAAGCCCUACAACCAGAAAGAGCCACCUGUGGUGCGCGUCGUGGAGGGGCCUCUCUUCUCUGAGGUGGUGGCACACUACCAACAUUUUCAGCAGACCAUCCGCGUAAACAACAUUCCAGGGGUGGAUGGGUCGUCGAUAGACAUCACCACCAUGGUGGACAUCAGAGAUCAGACUAAUAAGGAGCUGGCAAUGCGACUGGUCACUGACAUCCAGAGUGGAGACGAGUUCUUCACAGACCUCAAUGGCUUCCAGAUGCAGCCUCGUCACCACCACCUAAAGCUUCCCCUGCAGGCCAACUUCUAUCCCAUGCCCAGCCAGGCGUACAUCCAGGACAGCAAUCACCGCCUCACGCUGCACACAGCUCAGUCUCUGGGUGUCAGCAGCCUGGAGAGUGGCCAGCUUGAAGUGAUUAUGGACCGGCGGCUGAUGCAAGAUGAUAAUCGUGGGCUGGGUCAGGGCCUGAAGGACAACAAGAAGACAGCCAACCGCUUCCGACUGCUGCUGGAGAGGAGAUCCAUGGGCAACAAGAUGAUGGACAGUGCGACAAAUAGCUUCCCGUCUAUACUCAGUCACAUGACCAACUCUUUCUUGAACCACGAGGUCUUGGCGCUGCCCGUCCUGCCCAAAAGACGAGGCGUCCCUCCUCUGCAAACCUUCGCCCCUCUCAAGUCCAUCCUGCCCUGCGACUUCCACCUGCUGAACCUGCGCAGCAUCCAGAGCCAGCAGGAUCCUAACUCUCCGUCUCCAUACACUGCCUUGAUUCUUCACCGUCUGGCGCUGGACUGUAGCCUGGAGGCCCAGAACCUGGGCUUCAACUGCACCACUACACAAGGACAGCUGAGUGUAUCGGGACUGUUCAAGAACCUUGACCUGCAGCUGCUCCAGCCCGUGUCCCUGACUCUGAUGCACUCUAGCACGCCUCUGGCCAACGACUCCACCAUCAGCCUGGACCCCAUGGAGAUCUCCGCCUUCAAGCUCAAACUGCGCUAAGAGUCACCCGGACUAGAAAAGCCAAUAGAAACCCACCAGACUCCAGAAGAACCAGGCCCAUGCCGGCCAUAGACUGGCAACAGAGGGGUUUGGGGGUCUCUCUGUUUUGUCAAGCAGAACCACAAACACUACAGCUCGGAGAAGAAUGUUCCACUGUAACAGGACUGACUGCACAGCAGGGGGCAGAUGAUAGCUGUUACUGUGGACGUCUCCGAGUGCAGGGAAAACCCGUGUGAACCAGCAGCUGUUCCAAAACAAGAAAGACUGCCAGAAUCGCUCAUCAGAUACAACCGGGUAUCUGUUUGUCUCUAUAAUUGAAAAAUGAAAUCUCAUUUAGUUCUGCUUUGUAAGAACUCGUGUCUUUUUCUAUCUUUGCUCCAUCCUGGACUGGACUACUGAAUGUAAAUAUCCCAAAUGACAGGGGUGCAGGGGACUCGUGCCACAUCAGAGUGCAAUUUACAAAGCUUUAUUUGGUGUAUGGGUUUAUUAUUUUCAUUUUUAUGUUCUCAGUGAAGACGACGCACAUCACAGCGAGUUUGUUUUUGUACCUGUCAGUCUAACGCUGGCUGCAGCCCAUUUUUAUUUUCGUUUCGACAGACUCGAAUGCAGCAAAGCGAAUGUGUGGUCUCUUCAUCUCAACUCGCGAGGAGACCCAAGCAGCGGCUCUUCUAAGCUAUCAUAUGUCUGAGUCCAAGACUUCCACUACGCGAUAACAAUGUGAUCAUUAAUCAUAUCGGAGGACUGUUUACCUUCUGUUUGCUUUUUGCUUGUAGAUAGUCCAAAGACUUUCCUUUCUUUCACUUCUUUGUCCCUCCUUGAUCUUCCUCUCUGCUGAUGAGAAAAUGGUGGAAGCUGUGUGCAUUUCAAAGCCCCUGUCCGUCAUUCCUGCGCUUGUACUUCACUGCUGGGAGGGCAGUUUUGUUUACCAUGCUGUAUGCAGUAGAAGACUAGACAAAGACUAUACCUCAUAUAUAUACCAUACGGCAGAUAUAUCAGUAUGUGUGUGUGUGUGUGUCUGUAGAGUAUGUCGAUGUGAAUAUUUGGGUCAGGGGUUUUUGUUUUUGGGUGUAUUGAGCUUACAGAGUACACUAUCAGGGACUGUUCAUAGUACUGUGAGGUAUCAUCGAUCAGUUUGGGUGUCUGUGUCAGUGGGCCAAAGGGAGCUUCCCAUUGAAGGUUGGAACAUAAAUUUAAAGGGUUCGUUCACACCAAAUUGCUAAAAUAGACACAUUUUGUUCGGUGGUAUCGGGCUAUGCAGAUAAUUUUGCUUUUGAGAUAUCCGUCUAGAGGUGCUACUGAUGAUUGUUUUCAUUGUUGAUGAACUGCUAAGUCGAUAAAAUAAUAGAAAAUAGUGGGGAAAACAAGCUCAUUACAAUUUCACCGAGCUCAAGUCUAUGUCUUUUUAAUGACUUGUUUUGUACAAACGGCAACCCAGAGAUUCUUCAAAUGUUUUUUUUUAACCUAAAAGUAGCACAUGCUCAUUUGAGAAGCAGAAAUCAGACAAUAUUUGGCAUUUCUCCCUGUUGAAUGCUUCCAGACGAUCAGAAUUGUUGUUGUCUUUUGAUCAUUUCAGCACAGUACAUCUGUCUCUGAGAUUUCUGCCACUUUCCCAAUACAUUGAAGCUGAAUGGAAUUUAAUCUUUGGCGCUCAGUGCAUUUAAUAUCUUUAUUUAAGUCGCUCUGGAUAAUCCACAGAUCUCGCCGUGAAGCAGUUUCCCUGGUACUACUUUCUACUAGGAAAGGAGCUGUGCACCAAUGCCAUGCUACAUACUAAUUCUAAGCAUUUUGAGCAUGGAGUGUGUUCACACUGGAGAAGUGAUAAGAUUCCCAGCAUUGAUAAAGAUGCUUGAGUCUUGAGUGUGCUGUUGAUAUACACUGUUGAACAAAGGAGACGGAGGAGCUGCUCACGGCUGAUCAAAAAAUUAAAACAAAUUGGAUGCUGGUAUAACAGCUCCAGGAAGGUUUUUUUUUUUUUUUUUUUUUUUUUUUUUAAACCAGGAUGGCAUGACCCUGAUUGGCUUACCGUGAUAUUCUUACCCUAACCAAUCUCAAUCCUGCCUAAACCAAACUAACCCAACCACUGAAGGCAACGAGCACCAAAUCUUCGGUUGUGAGUGCUGAGUAAAAUUCCACCUGCCUCCAUUGGUGGUAGAAAUCUCUGUAUAUAUGUAUCUGUAAUUUGGGUGAACUGACCCUUUUUAAGAUCAACGUAUCAAACCAUACACAGGGAUCCUCAAAGAAGAAAAUGUUUCUUCAAAUGAGCUGCAGUUUUUAAAUAAUUUCAGCUCCACAGUGCUUUUUAUCCUGAGGCCGUCUCGAGGCACUCAGCCUUUUCUGGUGUGUCUGCCUCCACAGCAGCUGUGGAGGAUGUUGUCACCUGUGUCCAAAGCUGAGGCCCGACGUCUCACAGUCCACCAGUGUCACACUUUGUACUGCACCGCCAUCUCACCCUGCCCCCACUGUGUCCCAACACUUUAUCCGCUUCACUUUCCACAGGAGGUCUGCUGCUUUGUUGCUCUGCUCUGCCGACAUGCCAUUGUACCAGUACAUGUGCUUCCUCUCUCAGUGCGAGCACUGCAGAUCUCUCCCCCCCCCCCCGGUGAACAUUCCUGUGUGUCCGAGUCUCUGUAUAAGAGUGUCUCUUUCUUUUUUUUAAAUGUGAUAUCUGUAGCGCUGUUUUUGUUUGUUAAGAGGUAAUAUAUGAAGGCAAGGUCUCGUCUGUAUUUGUUUAUUCAUGAUGGAUUAGAACAGAAGAGAUGGGCUGUGAAAUAAAGAUCAAAACACAAAGCUUUU